AUGUCUCAUGGCGCAGAAGAUUGCGCAUCGGUGCUGGAGCAGUUUGUCCACGACGUGGCGAACCUGCCAGCGGAGAUCAAUCACCUGAUGGAAGAAAUCCAGGCAAAGGAUAAAACUAUCCAGGACGCCCGCACAGCAAUCAAUACUCGGGAUGGUAGUUUACAGAAAUUCAUCAAGUUGAACGGUAGUCUUGCGCCAAACCCCAAGGAAGAACAAUACGGAAAGGUUAUUCUGCAGAACUUCGAUAAGUCCCAGCAACUGCAAGAGGAGAAGAUUCAACUGAGUGAAAAGGCAUGCGUGCUAUUGGAUCGACAGAUUAAGAAGUUGGAUAUCAAAAUUCGGGAUUUACAAAAUGAUGGCGUCUUGUCUAAUGACCCUCCUAUCCCCUCUCUCUUCAACAGCAAUAAGGACCAAUAUCGAGAUCCGCCUAAGAUCUUCUUUCCGGAUACCACGGCGGGCGAUUCGUCGUCUUACUCUGCCGCUCCUCUCAAUCCUACGUCCGGAAACGCCAAUGCAGUAUUAGGCGCUACUCAGAGACUUAGCCAGUCUCUCGCCCGGCCAGGCGGCCUAGCCACUUUAAACUCGCAAAUUGGUGCGCGAAGCUCCGCUCCAGCAACCCCCGCCGCAACCGCGGCUUCACAUUUUCAGCAACGACAUCAACGAGAAUCAUCCGCCGGCGCAGUGGACAGCAAACGACGUCGCCUGAACCCAUCACUCAGUACACUCCCCACCACAUCCUCCAAUCUUCGCCAAUCAUCCCUAGGCCCCGGAACCCCGAGAGCAGGAACCCCUAGCACUAGCCGCGCUGGCAGCGCCGGCCCACGCACAGUAGGGGUAACACGAAAAGCCCUGACCAAGAAAGUCGCCCCUCACCAACAACUCAAGAAACUCAAAGCAAUGGGCAAAGCCUCAAAGCGAUCCUCAAGCGCAUCGCGGAUCCGAAUCGGCAUGAAGAAAUCUCCGUCCGCCGGCGGAGAGGACGACGAGGAUGAUUCUAUGCUGAGCGAUGCGGAUAUGUCUGACUCUGAGAAUGAUGCAGGGAAUGACCUUGACGACGAUGAUGAGGAUGAGGGAAACGAGGAUACCAAAGUUUAUUGCACUUGUCGCAGCGUUAGCCAUGGGGAUAUGGUUGCGUGUGAUAAUGAUAAUUGUCCGUAUGAGUGGUUUCAUUGGAAGUGUGUGGGGUUGACGAGAGAGCCAGUUGGGACCUGGUAUUGUGAUGAGUGUAGGGCUACUUUGGGGAAGUAG